CGCCUUUGCUAUCCUGGUUUUUCAUUGGCUAUCUAUCCACCAUCAAAACGUACCCCAACCAGAGCAGCCCGGCGGACAUGAGGCGGCCCAAGCCCCUCGCCCCAGUGCUGAUCUACCUGGCAGACCAACAGCACGGGACGUCCUUGUUCAACUGCACGUGCGCGCUUCGUCUGAUGCGGAGGACAAGACCGGUAGCUCAUCUCGACGGAGACGGUGGAGGAUGAAGUCGCUCCGCGAGAUCCUGCCCGCACCAGCGAGCCAAACCACGGCAAAUUCCCCCGUCGACGAGUCGGAGCCGACCCCGACCCCGCAGGCGCGGUCAUCAUCCGUGGGGAGGAGACGGCCCCAGACCCGAGUGGCGUGCACGCCAUGCCGACGAAAGAAGUCGAAAUGCGACGGCCGACGUCCUGUGUGUUCGGCCUGCACCAACGCGGGCUCGCCGCAAGAUUGCGAGUACGAUGCAGAUCCAGACAUCUCUCGCGUAGCGGCUCUGCGGAAGAAGUCCGAGGACCUUCAACGCCGUGUCGCUCUUCUCGAGGAGCUCUUCCACUUACUGGCCCUGCGCCCCGAGCAAGACUCGAUCGAAAUCCUACGUCGUAUGCGGACCACCAACUAUCAGACGGAUCUCGAGCAUCUCGUCAAGUUCAUCCGGGAGGGAGACUUGCUAGUACAAGCCGCGACGGCCGGGUCGAGUAGUCUUGCAAAGAAGCCGUUGUUCACCCCUCCCACGGAACUGGUGGGAACUGCGAUGUACGACGAGAUUGCCUCGCUCUUCGAAACACUGCAAGCCCCCCCCCCCUUUUCACCUUCUCCCCGGCGAUAGGCGGCUGCCCCGCCGACCAGAGGUGGUUGUGACCGGCCAAUUUCGACCACGUACUGACAU